CGGGGAGGCAGAGCCGAGGAAGGAGCCAGGGAAAACAUCAGUCCCAACUUUCUCACCUUGAAAGGAACCAGGCGCUCCCGAUGCGUCCCCUCCAGCCGCCCUCCCUGCCAGCCCAGCCUCCUCGGGAGCGCCGUCCGACGGCUCGUGCUUGCCCCGCCAGCUGUCCCCUGCCCCACGAGGGGGAGAGACCCGAGUAGGGGGGCGCCCCUGGGGACCGUCCCCCUCGGUCCCUGCUGCCCGGGGGCCGCGGGCAGCGGCGGCUGUGUGGCGGGGCUCGAUGCGGCUGCCAUGGGGCGCGGGGCUCCCCUCGGACCGUGCCUGCUGCGGGCAGCGCUGCUGCUGCUGCUCUCCCUCUGCCCCGCCGCUGGCAGCACCUGGAUGUGGCUGGGCAUCGCCGCCGCCGGCGGCCCGGAGAAGCCGGGCUGCACCAGUCCUCCGCUGAGCCGCCGGCAACUGGACCUGUGCGAGCAGAAGCCGGAGCUGGCGCCCGCCAUCCGGGAGGGAGCGCGGCUGGGCCUCCAGGAGUGCCGCAGCCAGUUCCGACACGAGCGCUGGGACUGCCGCUCGCCGCCCGCCGCCCGCCGCGGCACCGCCGCCCCCGUCACCCUCGGGCACCAGCUCAGCAGCGGCACGAAGGAGACCGCGUUCAUCUACGCGGUGACCUCAGCAGGACUGGUACAUUCAGUGACGCGAUCGUGCAGCGCGGGGAAUGUGACCGAGUGCUCCUGCGACCUGAGCCUGAGGCAUGGCGGCUCGGCCAGCGAGGGCUGGCACUGGGGCGGCUGCUCUGACGAUAUCCACUAUGGAAUGUCAUUCAGCAGAAAGUUCCUGGACAUGCCUUUGAAGAACUUAACGGGCAAGAGUGGGAGCGGACUGGUGGUGAUGAACCUGCACAACAACGAGGCUGGGAGGCAGGCUGUAGCAAAGCUGAUGUCUGUGGAUUGUCGUUGUCACGGUGUUUCUGGGUCCUGUGCUGUGAAAACUUGUUGGAAAACAAUGUCAUCCUUUGAAAAGAUUGGCCGGUUUUUAAAGGAUAAGUAUGAAAACAGCAUACAAAUAUCAGACAGACUGAAAAAAAAGCUACGCAGGAAAGAGAAAAGCCAGAGAAAAGUACCAAUCGGGAAAGAGGACCUGCUAUAUGUGAACAAAUCACCCAAUUACUGCGUUGAAGAUCAAAAAUUGGGGAUCCCUGGGACUCAGGGAAGAGAAUGUAACCGCACCUCGCAGGGACCCGAUGGCUGUAACCUCCUGUGCUGCGGGCGCGGGUACAACACCCACGUUGUCAGGCACGUGGAAAGGUGCGAGUGCAAGUUUGUCUGGUGCUGCUACGUGCGCUGCAGGAGGUGUGAGACCAUGACUGAUGUACACACCUGCAAGUAAGAUGAAGUACAGGAAACACAGCCAAACCAUCCUGCCCUGUCUGGUGCAGAGCUGCCACACAGGCAGCAAUUCCUAUUACUGUGUGGGAUUUUGGGGGGAUCAGCCUCGGGGAGAAUGGGUACUGCCAAAAAACAAGUAGUGCAAGCAUUUGGUGACUGAAAGAACAAGUUAGUGAGCACCAGACUGCAUGCAGGGGCAGCUUAAACAACAAAGAAGGACUCCUGAUGACACAUUUGAACAUCUUACUCCAUGAGCAGGGACAGACACUAAACUUUUCAAGUCUUUAAUAGCUACAACGUCCUGAAGAUCCAUCUGGUGGGCAGGUACAGUGGAGAAAACUCAAGAUCUCACUAGCCAGAGACUGAAGAGUUAAGAGGACUUGUAAGAUACAUUAGAUAUAACCUUAUGUCUAUGUUUUUAUAAGUGGGACUAGAUGAAUCCACUAGAUGGUUCAUUUCUGCACUUCAGAAAAAAUCACAAGGGUAGGGGAGGUGUUCUGCUGUUGACCACUAAGUGUUUGCUUUGCAGCUGUUCAGAAAGCUGUCUUCUGUGUAAUAUGCAGGAAAGCAUCUGGUACUGAGAAAUGUGCAUGACUGCAGAGAGCUCAGCACUGCCUGCUUGGGAGAGGAGGAUCUGUUGGCGUGAGGCAAGCUGUGCCCAGAGCAGAGAGGUGAGAGCACAGAUUGAUGAAUGUGAAUGGUGUACCAAAUAGCAACCUCAGGAUUUUUUUACAGCUUGUCCUUCAAAUGCACAAGGGACAGGCCUGAGGAGGGACAAAAAUACAGUUUAAUAUUAGAAGGAAAUAAAAACCCUUGCAGGCAUUCCCUCUGUAUCUGAGCACACAUUUUGUGAGUCAGCUGGUUAUCACCUCACUGUUGAACUCUAUGCAAUAACUUGCCAUGUUCAACCAUCUCACUGGUGUUUCACCAUCAUUUUCAAAAUUAACCAUGUGAAAAACAGCCCAAAGAAAUCUGCCAUAAAGCAAAAGAUUUUUUAAAACAUGUUUUCUUUAUAAGUAAGCAGCAUUUAAAAUUUUUCAUUAGGUUGCAUCCUCUUUAAAUUCAAUGCACAAUGUAAUUUAUGGAUUGGCUCAUACCACUGAAAUAUUUAACUGUUAAUGAUAACAUUUUCUCCCCCUUCAUAUGUUGGCUUAAGUUUAUUUUACAUCUGUGAAAGGUUGUUUAUUUUCAUGCAAUGAUUUAAUGCCUGGCUUAAAAAGCAGCAUGUGAAAGGAUUACUGUUGUUUAAUUGUGCAAAUACCUAUUUUUGAUAAGACAAGAAAGUUUAUAUUUUGUAAAUAUUUAAAUUAUGCAAGUUAUGUAAAACAUUUCCAAAACUUAUGUGAUAAGACUACAGUCUUUGAUAUUUGUUGGUUAGAUAUUUGUUAAUAUUGUAGUAGCCUUUAACUGAUUUUUAUUUGCAUGUGUUGAGGGAAAUUAGUCAGAGAAUUACAUAAAUGUUCUUUUUUUUUUUUACCAUCAGGGUGCUCAUAAUUAUUGCAGUGAAUACACACUGAUGAGAAACACUAUGAUUCUCUAAAUGAUCAGUUAAUUAGUACUCUGAAUAUUUUCAUUUUUAUUAUUAUUCUUUUGAAUUCAUUUUACGAACACUGAAAUCCCAGCUCCAGCAGUAAGUGCAGAACUUCCACUGAUAUCAAGGGGACUUGCAAGGGUUUGCAAUCCCUUAACUUCUUCCAUACUAACAGUUUUUAGAAAGAAAUCAUCUUGGACAGUUUGGUUGAGGCUUUCAAAGUUACUUUGAAGAAUUCAUUUCCUUGUUGUCAAUUAUUUUCCCAUGAAAGAUGGUGACCAGAUUCCCUGUCAGUCUUUAUUGGAUGUGUAGGUCAGGAAGAAGGAAACAAAAUCUUCUAUGUUGUGGUAUUUCACUGCCUUAUGUGGAUUAUCUUAGGAACAUCAGUUCAGAAACAAUUAAAUCCUUAAUCUGCUGUUCUUUUUGGACCUUUACUCCACAUUUGGCCAGUGUGUCUCUAUUGACCUCGAUAGAUUAUUAUCCUGAGGCCACAAAAUCUGCUGUCUGUGAGAAGGGUGCUCAGCAUGCCAGUCACUGUCACAGGAUUCAACACCCUCUCUGUGAAAAUUCAGAUGGGGAAUACACAUGCUGAAGAGAGGGUUGUGAGCCACAGGUUGUUCCCAUCUUGCAGCAAUGAAAAGAAACCCAGUGGCUCCUCAGGCUGUGCCACAGCACCUGUUGGCAGCAUGGAUGGGAGAUAAUACUGGUCAAUGUGCUAUGAAGGUAUGGUAGAGAUUGCCGCUCUCUUUUUUCUUAUUCUGCCCCACAUCAAGUUCCUGUCAGAGGCAAGUGCCUUGGUGUCCUACCUGAGCCUUCUCCUAGAGGUACUGACUUCACUGUUGAGAUCACAACUGUUUUUUUAUAUGGGACUCCAGCUUAUGGGAAUUCAAUGUGAAGACCAGAAUCCUUACUGCAGCAGCCUUGACCAUUCUUUAAAACAGCUUAGCUUUUAUUGGACCUAAAGGUUCUUCCACACCUGAUCUGUAAAAUACAGAAAAUUGCCAAUAUACUUCUCAAUCUCACCUUAACUUCUGGCAGGGCCGGAAAUGGGGAGGAAAUGAUCCUGGGCUUCUGGGCCUGAGGUCGACUGCAGGGAUUUUCCCACCAGGAGGGGCAAACCUCAGAAGGAUGUUUCUGUGGGUUUGAAGGAGAAGGGCACUGACAUUGGCAUUGCACAGAGGUGUGGGGCAGCCAGAAUGCAGCCAUCACAGUCAGGGUGUCUCUUGCCUGCUUGGCUAUUUAUUCAGCAUUUGAUGCUGUGUUAUUUUUAACAAUCAUCUAGUUUCAGAAAAAAACAAACCAAAAACCAAAAACA